AGUAAUUAAUACGAAAGUGAGUGUUUUGGUGAGGAGAGGGAGGGCUGGCCGGGUCCUUGUGUUGUGGCCGCCGCCAUGAAGCUUCAACUGUGCAACUUCAGUGGCUACAAAAUCCAGCCCGGCCAUGGCAAGACCAUGGUGCGGACGGAUGGCAAGGUGUACGUGUUCCUCAGUGCCAAAUGUGAGCGGGCACACAUGAUGAAGCGAAAUCCCCGUGAGAUUCGAUGGACUAUUUUAUACAGGCGAAAGCACAAGAAGGGUAUGGAAGAAGAGACUACAAAGAAGCGUACUCGCCGUGCCCAGAAAUACCAUCGUGCUAUUGUAGGAGCCUCUCUUACAGACAUUAUGGCCAAGAGAAACAUGAAGCCUGAGGUUCGCAAGGCCCAGCGAGAACAAGCUAUCAGAACAGCAAAGGAGAAGACCAAAGCAGCGAAGGCCAAUAAGAAGGCUAAUGCUCCAGCUCCUGGCAAGGCAAAGAAAGCUACGCAAAAGGCUCCAAAGAUGCCCCGGGCUGGUCGACCAGGUCAUGGCGGACAUGGUGGUCGUCGUUAAUCAAUAAAUGGAAGCUGCGAAU